AUGUGGGCUAAGGAAGGGGUAGUGAGUGUGGUAGAAAUGACAAAUGAUUUUUUUGUGGUAACUUUUUCAAGUAGAUCUGACUAUAAUAGGGCCUUGAUUGGAGGUCCUUGGAUGAUUCAGGAUCAUUAUUUGACUGUCAAGAAGUGGAAGAGAAGCUUUGAUCCGACCUCUGAAGCCACUGAGGAAGCUAUUGUUUGGGUUCGAUUGACUGACUUUCCACUUGAAGCCUAUGAAGAGAUGAUAUUUACUGUGACAGGUGAUAGAAUUAGAAAAACAAUGAAAGUUGAUUUAUCCACAUCUCUUCUUGUGAGAGGGAGCUAUGCAAGAUUGGGAGUGCAGGUUAAUCUAAAAGAGUCUCUAUUGCCUAAGAUAAUAUAUGAGGGAAAGGAGUAUGCAGUGGAAUAUGGAGGACUACAUCUCCUAUUUUUCUAUUAUGGGAGGUAUGGGUACUUGGAGAGAGCAUGCCAGUAG